CCACAACGCACAAACGACAACGACGACGACGAUGAUGACUGCCGUUCCUCCUCCUGCUUCGUCUGUGCCAGCAACAUCCACAUCCAACAACAGCAGCAGCAGCAGAAGUGGCAGAGCAAGGGACGGUAAGACAGGCGGUCAAGGCUCGCUGCUGCAGCCAUGGCAGUUCUAUGUGGCCAAGGGCCUGCGAUGGGUCCCCGUGUUGUCGCUGUUGGGGGUGGUGGCGUUGAUUGUGUGGUUGACAAUGAUGACCACGCACGACGGCGAAACAGACGUGCACACGCCAGCCGAUCGACAUGUUGUGCAGUGGAGCGCGCUGGCCGACAACCCCAUGCAGAAGCAGCAACAGCAACAACAGCAGCAGCAGCAACUACGUCGUCAUAAGCAAACCAAAAACAACAGCGUCACAUUCCUACACCACGCAACACCAGAGCCACCGCUGCCCUCGUUAUCGGAGCUGCUGUCCAUGAACAUCACGGACGACGCGGCCUCGCUCAUGUCCUGGAUUUGCAAGCAGCCACGCACGGGCAAGACAGCCGCACUGAAUAGGCGCUGCACCUUCUUCCAAGCGCUGACAGGGACGUCGCUCCACCACCGCGCGUCCGUGCGCAGCAAGCUGCCCGCCAUGCUUCAUCCCGGCAGUGCACGGGACGAGGCCAUGCGCGCUAGCCUUCGCUUCCUGUGUGACGACUUCAACCGCCCGCCCGCAGGCAUCCCAGUCAUGCUGCUGCACUUCUCCAAAGCCGGCGGCACCAGCAUGUGCAAGCUUGCAAAGGCGGCGGGCAAGAAGCUGCACCCAAAGGCCAACAACUGCUGGAUUGACGGCAUGGGCCCCGUGUGGUUCAAGAUGCGCCACUUUCCCCGCACGUGCCGGAAGUAUCACGACAUCUACGAGAAAGAGCACGUGGAUCUCCUAGCAAACGAAGCGUACCUUGAUGUCGUUGCUGCCGACACUGCUGCUCCUGAUACGCACCCGCACAGCGUUGACACCAGCACCCACUCCAACGGCAACAGCAACAGGCAUGGUAACACUGACGGCAGCAGUAACAGUAACACUGACGGCAGCAGUCACGGCAACGGCAAGGGCACGGAAUUGGCGAGCAGUUUGACGGGCGAUGCAAUCGUGGACCCGGCGCUGCUGCCGCCGCUGCCGCAGAUGUGUGGCGGGAUUGUGUACCUGACCAUGGUGAGGGAGCCUGCGCACCGUGUCGUGUCGCACAUGCAGCAACACGGCAUUGUAUCAAAGGCAGCCUGGGGCGCGUUCCAGAACAUGAGCGUGGCUGAGCGGCUGCGCCACCGCCCGGCCGUGCUCAACAACUAUAUGGUGCGCUUUCUGCUGGGCGCGGACGUGUUUUCGCUGCCGUUUGGGAACGUGACGGCAAAUCAUCUCUACACGGCCGCGCGUGCGCUGUCAAUGGUGGACGUGGUGCUGGUGAUCGAAGAGCUCAGCACGAGCGAGAGCGUCAUGCGCUCGUUCUUGCAGUGGGGUGAUGUUGAUCUUGACGCACACAGCGGCAGGCGCGCGCACAACAACUACGUCUUUGACGACUUGACACCUCAAGAACAGGCCCUCAUUCGAUUUGCCAACCAGCACGACACGGCCCUGUACAACCUUGCACGCCUACUGCUCGCGCUUGAUCGAUUUUCCAUUCGUGAGUGCCCACACGUCUGACCACGCGCGUUUUGCGUGUGUUCGUGUGCGUUGGUGUGUUGUGUGUGUCGGGUUUCAUGUGUGUGCGUGCGUGUCGUUUUUUGUGUCUCUUCCUGUGUGUCUAUCCGUGUGCUUGCACACACACGCACACACACACACACACACACACACGCACACACGCGUGUUGAAGCAUGCUAUGGUGUGUGAUGAAAGUGUUGUAGGCUCGCGGUAUCCGCAUUUGUGUGGGUACAUUUAUUGCCAUCUGACAAGGGUGGUUGUGUUGGAUGCGGUUCGUGUCCAGAACAUUAUUUGUGGCGAGUUAAACGAAAGUCAAAUCACGCC